AUGGUCAAGCGCGCCCAUGAGCUACUCCCCUUCUCCAAGGCGACCAUCGUCGUAGACAUGGGCUGCGGGCCGGGCCAAAUCACCGACACCGUACUAAAGGACCACCUGUCUGCGCUUCCACCAACGGCCACGGUGGUCGGUGCGGACCUGAGCGCGCAGAUGCUGGAGAGCUACAAUAAGCGUAAACAGGAGGAGGUCAACAGUGGUAAUACGUACUGGUCCCGUGCCCAGACGGUGCAGACUGACGUCACCGAUUGCGCCGCGUUUUCCGACGGCUCCGUCAGCCAUAUGCUAGCAGGCUUUCUGGUGUUUUUCGUCCCCGCGCCGGAGCAGGCCCUGCAGGCGAUGAAGCGCACGCUUACGCCGGGUGGGGUUCUGUCCAUGUCGGCAUGGACGAGCAGCCACUGGGUGGAUCUAAUGUAUUACCCGAAGAAGGUGCGGCCGGACUUGGUGAUGCCGAGGCUACCAAAUACGUGGACGUCGGUUGACGGCGUGACGGCGCAGUUAAAGAAGGCAGGGUUCCAAGAGAUUGAGGUUCUAGAGACGGAGGGGUAUUGGCCCUUUGACGACUAUGACGAGGCCUGCCGCUUUAUCCUGACGAAGCUGCCUCUAAGCUCCAGGGUGGUGGGACAAAUGACGGAGGAGGAGGUGCUAAAGACGCAUGAAUUGAUGGUGAGCGAUUUGAAAGAAUGGUAUCCCUCCGUCCCGGCCAAGAUGGUCGGUAAUGCGACGGUUGCGUUUGCUAGGAAGAUAUAG